GGCGCCCUCUGCUGGAUCCCGCCGGCACAUGCGCAGUGCGGCGUUAGCGCUCCUCCCUCCGCGGCGGCGUCUCUUCACUUCUGUUUGUAAAAUAAAACACGAUUCAUUAUAUUUAGCAUAGUCAUGUGUUCAUUAGCGGUUGAUGUGAAGUUCGGAAGGGUCUGGGAUCAUCAGCGCGUGUUUGUUUGGUUCUGUGGACGCGUUUGGACUCGACAGUGACGCGUUUGUCAGUAAAUGUGUUCGAGUUCUGGAUCAUUGUCGGACUUUACCGCCAAUCACUGACUGAUAAUCGAUCGUAGCAGGAACUGGCGUUAUGGAGGCGGUGUUGAAGAGGCUGCAGACACUGACCGCAGAUCAGCUGAGAGACGAACUCACCGGCGCCGGAGUCAAAUGCGGCCCGAUCACGGCCACCACCCGGAGCAUCUUUGAAAAGAAGCUGGCUCGAGCUCUUCUGGACACCCAGACGGACGGCAGCGGCGAUGCCGCGGUGCAUUCUGGGAGCUCACCUCCUGCUGAGGAGCUCCAGCGGCCAAUCAGUGAGCAGAACAAAGAGGAAGUGACUCACGAAGCGGAAACCCCAGAGACGGAGUCGUCCUCGGAGAGUCCGUCUGUUUAUUACGGCGUGUGUCCGCUGCCGGACGACCCCGCGGCUGAAGAAGGUUCACCGCAUGUGUACGUCAAUAAGACGAAAGCGCUGAAGGUUGUGAUGAAGCUGAAGGGCGCUCGAUUCAAAGCCUUCACCGCUAAAGAAGACGCUGAGAACUUUGCUAAAGGAAUCUGUGUGUCACCACACAAACCGUCCCCAGAGAAAACCAGUGCAGAGUGUUUGCUGAGUUCAGACGCUGUGAAUCUGGAGAAGGCCAAUGAAUUUAAGAGUCCUCGAACGCAAGACCUGACGGCCAAACUGCGCAAAACCGUGGAGAGAGGAGACGAGGAGACGUUCAGAGAGCUCGUCUGGGGAAACCCACGAUAUCUCAUCGGAUCUGGAGACAAUCCCACGAUCGUGCAGGAGGGCUGCAGAUAUAACGUGUUGCAUGUGGCGGCCAAAGAGAACCAGGCGGGCAUGGCUCGUCUGCUGCUGGAGACGCUGGAGGACCCCGAGUUCAUGCGGCUCAUGUAUCCUGACGAUCAGGAGCUCAUGCUGCAGCAGCGCAUUCGAUACAUCGUCGAUCUGUACCUCAACACGCCUGACAAAGCUAGCAACGAGACGCCGCUGCAUUUCGCGUGUAAGUUCGGCUGUCCGGAGGUGGUGGACGUUCUCUGUUCUCAUCCGAGCAUCGACAAACACUGCAGGAACAAAUAUGACCAGAAACCGUCCGCUGUGAUCUGUGAGCGCAAAAACAAGAGUAAAGAGGUGAAGCAGAAGAUCGUGGAGUUUUUGGAAGACAGGUUUUAUGUGCCGUUGUUGCGGGCCGCAGAUAACACACUACAUCCGGUGAUCGGCGCCCCCUGGUGUCCCGAUUCACCAGAGUCCUGCCAUCAGUUGCACAGCCCCAGAAGGAUGAUGGACAGCCCCAAAAACCCAAUAAUGACCAUCAAGGCUUUCGCUGGGCCUCUCAAUUCAUCAAAGGCCGAGGAGUUUCACCGAUUGUGGAAGACGCCGCCGCGUGAGCGAGCCGGAUACUUCCAUCACAUCCUGAAGACUGACUCGGAGCGCGGCGCAGAGCGAGUGGGCAGAGAGCUGGCUCAUGAGAUGGGACACCCGUGGGCCGAAUACUGGGAUUUCCUGAGCUGCUUCAUCGACCUGUCCAGCGAAGACGGCCUGAAGAUGCUGGAGGAACAUCUGAGCUUCACACAGGACAGUCCGAUCAAACAUUCGUCUACGGGGCGCUCCGAUCGAUCGUCCAGGUCGUUUCUUAAUUCUCCCGGAGCAGAGGAAGCGGACGAGCCGCGUCAGUUCCCGGUCUGUGAUCUGAUGCAGGAGUUUGAGAAGGUUCUGGUCUCGUCUGAUCUGACGGAUCGCAGCGCCGAUUCGGGUUGCGCGGCCGAUGACGACGGCUCCACCUGCAGCUCGGACGAGUAUCUCACAGCCGACGAGGACUCCGAUGACGGGACGGCCCGAGGAACACGCGUCCGUCUGGACUCCUCCGGUUCCUCCGGCUCUUCAUUUAAAUCGACGCACAGCGUGACGGAUCUCCAGCGCGGCCCCGCGCUCCGUCACACAGCUCGUGUGUUUAUAGUGGGUAAUUCACCGACGAAGCUGGACAGUGACGUUCUUGUGGCGCUGAAUGACGUGGAGAUCGAGCAGAACUCACAUCCCACACUCGUCCACUGGAAGAACAACGUCUUGUCAUAUCCUCCAUCACAACGACAGAGCUGGCCGUCACCCUCACAGAACCACAGAGACGCCGAGAGCCGCACUUCGCCCGUCUUCAGACUCAACUGGUUAACCGUGUCGCCCAAGUUCAGAAGCCCCGGUCACUUUAACCCCCGGCAGCUGUCGUUCAGCCCGCCGAGCAAACCCUGCAGCCUUUAAGUUUAUAAACACUACGAUGUUCAGCAGACGCAUCACACUUUACAAGCUCUUAAUAGUGGUUUUAUUACAAGUUAAACUUUGUUUUAUGCAACUUUCUAUUUUUGCACAGCAGUUGUGUUGCCUAUAAUACUUGCACUAAUUUUCCAGCAUAAUAAUGUUUGUGAAUGCAGAAAAAAAAUCUGCAUCUGAAAAACUAUAUAUAUAAUAUAUAAUUAUAAUGCAUUGAACUAUGUUUCUUUGUUUAUAUAAAGAUUUGUUAAAGAACAGUUGGGUUGCAUUUGGUAUGUUUUGUCAAUCCACACAAAGGUGCAGAAUGAGCAACAUCCAUGUGUAAGUAUUGCAGUAUUCAUCACAUGCACACGUGUUUAUUUCUGUGCACCAGCAGGUGGCGCUAGUAAAAGACUCUUUAGCUGUAAACAAUCACCUCUGGCAGAGUUACAGGCUUUAUUGUUUAUAAUAUUCUUCUCAGACAAGGGUGUGGGUUUGAUUUUUGGCACUGGUGGGAACAUAACGACAGAUCAAAAUUAUUGCUAGGGUCAAUUUAGUAUUGUGUGUGUGUGUAUUGUUAGAGACAUGUCACAGCGUCUCUGCUAAAUUCUACACCCUUGACAAUCAUAACAAGCGAUGUGCGACUUUGGAAGCUAUAGUUCUCUCCUUAAAUACAAAGAGAUCAAACAGAUUCAUAAGUUUAUCCAAAUUUCAUGAAAAAGCUGUGGAUGUAAUUAUGAUAUAAGUCAAACAUUGAAGUGAGUUGUUCUUCUUCGGAGGAAGAUUCAUUCAUUUGUUUGACAAUGAACCACACAGUUCAUCCAGUUACAUUUUGUGACUUUCUUUCUGCUUUAAUGAUGUUUUCAUUGGAUUUUUUGACUUCCCAGAAAGAAUAUAGGAAAACAGAACUUAAUUUGUGUUUCGUGCCAGCUAAAUUUCACAUACACAAACAAAAAUCUGUCUCUAAACCUCUCUUUUCUUUAUUUAAAGUUGAUCUAGAUAAGUAUGUGGAAACUGGUCCAAGUUCUGUUCAUCCUGAAACAGUCAAAACUCUAAUUCUAUAUUCAUCCUUUGGCUUUUAUAAGGUGAAAAAAACAUGGUAACUUCACAUUAACCAUGGUUUUGCUACACUAACCAUAG